UACCCGUCUCUCUAUAUAUAUGAGUGAUAGAGGCUCAACAAAGUACCUACAAAAGUCUUCACAUUUUCUUCUCUCAAAGCCCUCUCUCUUCUUCAAAAAUCUCAUUAAGUUUCUUUCUUUAUCUUCUACAAAAAGUCAUGGGAAUCCGAUUUCUUGGCAAUCUUCAAGCAAAGGCUCUUCUUUGCCGGUCUACUUUUCCUGCAAGCCAAACAGCUCCCAAUGUUGUACAUGUCCCAAAAGGCUAUUUAGCAGUUUAUGUUGGAGAGUCUCAGAAGAAAAGGAUUUUGGUUCCAAUAUCAUACUUGAACCAACCUUUGUUCCAAGAGUUGCUACACAAGGCCGAAGAAGAAUUUGGGUAUAGUCAUCCAAUGGGUGGUCUCACGAUUCCUUGCAGAGAAGAUACCUUCCUCAAUCUUACUUCUGUUUUGAAUGGACUAUGAGAGUGGAGAAUUCAUCAUAGACGCUUUUGUAGAUUAGGAACAUCCAUUUCCAUGUAGAUGACAUAUUUUCUUUCUGUAUGAGAAGUUUGUGAUGGCAGAAAGAGACAACUCUAUUGAUAAGAGAAAUGAGAAACAGAAUAUUUAGUUCAA